GAGACGAUGAGUUUGUUGCUGAGUAACGGGACGGGCGGAGAUGACGUCAGCAACCUGGGGGUUACCAUGGAAACGGUGGGGACACUGCGGCGGAUGCAACUGUCCCAGGAAGCUCUGCAGGGUCUGAGCAGCAGCACCCUCUGUACCUUGUCAUGUGGAACUGCAGCGUCCUGCAAGUUGCGUGAUGUGUACGGUACUCUUGUGGCAGAGUGUAGGUGUGACCAGGGCUACUGUCACAACAGCGGCACGUGUGAGUUCCUACAGGGAACAGGACCAGUCUGUCGGUGCGGUGCGGACCCCAGCGGGUUCUACAGCGGCCCCAGAUGUGAGCUGUACGCGCCGCGCGCUCUGGUGAUCCUGGUAGGAGCAGGGGUGGGGGGGCUGCUGGUCCUGCUGACUUCUGUUCUGUCCGUCUGUCUGUGUGUCAAGAAUAGGUUGAACCAACUGGACAGUGAGAAAGGGUUCCAUCAUCAGGAUAUUUCAGAAGAAUUCUCCAGUCUUCAGAACGGCCACGGGACAGACCCUCCCCCAGACUGUGCCUGGAACAACGACCCGCCCAAAAUACCUUCAGAUCAGGAGUUCAAGCUACCAAGGCCAUCAGUGACCACCAACUUUGACUAGAAAACCUGGAAUGCCCAUUGCUGGAUAAAGCAGUAAAAUGCAACAAGUGACAAACUUUUAUCGCCCAAUAAUAUAUAGCAGAAGAUAGACUGUUUGUUUUCAUAAUUUAUAUAUCAGUAAAUAUUUAGUUUACUGUUUUAUACAUUGUUGAUUAGACUGUAGUUAUAAUGUUCAGAGUUGUAUAUGGAUACCAAAAGCAUGUCAGCGUUUCAGUAUGAAAUAGAAUAUAGAUUUUGCA